UAGUGGUCAAUGGCCGUUGACCAAAUUCCGAUGACCGUCAGUGAGUAGAUUCCGGUGCCGAUAGGCAUAUUCCGGCCCCUAUGACUAGAUUCCGACGCCGGUAAGCAUAUUCCGGCCACAAUGAGCAUAUUCCGGCGACAAUGAGCAUAUUCCGAUGACAAAAUAGCAUAUUCCGGCGACAAAAAGCAUAUUUCGGUGACCGCGACCAGAUUCCAGCGACCAAAAUUUUGGGCCGAAAAUAAACAAUAUUAUUUAUUUAUUUAAAAAUAUUUUUCAUAAUGACAAUUAUACACCUAUUUUGAUUUUACACUAGAUCAACUCAUCUAAUAAAAAGUCAUCACAACCCUAACUUCCUAUUGGUUGGAGACCGGUGUUGUUAUAGUAACUAGUCCCACAAAAUCCAUGGUCUUUGCCUCUCUCUCGGAUCUUUGCGAUUUCAAAUUUAGACGUCUACUAGCUCAGUGCUUUGACCAUCGCCCCUAUUUACCCAGCUACUCCGAUGAACCACUAUCUCCGACCAGAUCUCCUUCUCCGACUUGGAACUUACUUCAUGGUAUACUGGUUCGGCUACCAUUUUCUAUCUUCCUGGUUCCACAUCUAUUUGUUCUCUUCCACCAGUAAGAACUUGGUAUUUGAUUUCUUUGGUUCUCUCUUUGUUUGAUUAGGUUUUUGGCAAGCUUUGAAACUUCAGUUUUGAUGAGAACGGGGAUGAAUUUCGUGCUUGCUGUGUGUGCGCUAAGGAGAAGCGGGACGUGGAGCACUCGAUCAAAGUCACUGCUUGUAAGAGAUAAUUAGGGUUCUUUUUUUGAGAUGUUUGGAUUAUCGAAUUUGUAUCAAUUAGAACUACAUAGGUAUGAUUAAAAUUGGGAAAAAUCUCUUGGUUGGAUUAGGAAGAGCUGAAAAGUAUUCCCUUAUUAACUUAUCUGUGAGCUUGGGUUUGAGGAUUUGAUGAGGAGAUUUUUCCUGUAGAGCCAAGAGAAAGGUUGAGCAAAAUUUUUCCCUAUAUUGACUGUAAUUCGGAAUUUCCUUGCUGUACUUUAUCCAUUUAAGCCUCGGUGUAGCAUUAAAUUCAAGAUGAACUGGAAGGUCACGUCCGUAUGUUUGUAGCUUGGAUAGAUUUUUCAUAUAAACCAAUGUCAGAAGCUUUCUCAAUCUGUAAAACCUAUGUUCAUCAUCUAGAGCUCUAGUGGUCAAAACUUGGUUGAAUCAAAGUUCACCAAUGAAGAGGGAUUUUUACUGAGAUAUGAAUCAAUGUGAGUCGUUAUUGUGGCUGCUCCAUGCAGCUCUACCCAACUUUAACAUGCCUUUUCAAUCCCACCUAUACUUUACAACUGCUACAUUCCAGGUAUGAAUUAAUUAAUUAUUCUUCAUGUAGGGAAUUUGCUGAGUGUUGAAGCUUAAUUUCAUUUCCGACGCCACUAGCAGUCUAUGGAAGGAGAUGAACUUUCUGGUGUUCAUCACCUGGGCCUGGUGGUACAGAACAGGACCUGAUAAUGGGCAUAUAUGCAUCUAUGAUGACUUCCUUCUCAAUGCUCAAAUGAAACCAAUAGUUUCUGUUUGUUUUAUGUUACGUAUGAUCUCAGAUGGGAUUAUGUUCAAGAAUGAAGUUGAUGAAACCACUUUUGAGGACAUGGAUUGAAUGGGUGCUUUUAAGAGAGCUUUCACAACGUGGACCAAAUGGGUAGAUGCAAUAUGAAUGUAGAAAAAGCAAUCAUCUUCUUCCAAGGACUCCUAUCCUGUCAUCUAUAAUUUUUUGUAUGCUUAUCGUUAGACAGCAGUGGCACAAAGUGGGGGAAGCCAGGAUUAAGAGACUGCUCUCAUUAGACAGAUCCAGUACUGCUAUCCGCUUUAAAUCUCGCCGUUGAUGAUUGGAACCAACUUCUGUACACAACUAUUCUAGAUCAAGGUUUGGCAUAUGCAUGAUUCUUUUAGAUCAGAUGACAGUUCACAGUACAGAUCUGGGUGUCAUUAAUUAGUAUAUUUAUUUUGAUGUCAGUACAAAUCAAAGUUCACUGGUGGUCAAACUCAAAAUUUGGUUGAAUCAAAGUUCAUCUUCCGG